GCACAGGCUCUGCUGGCCGAUCACGUAGUGUAGGUAUGUAGAUGGCAGUAGUCUAGGUACGAAGUACGGCGUGGACUGGCCAGCCCAUGCCCAGAGCCCAAAGCAUCAUCGCAUGGCAUGGCAUGGCAUGACAUGACAUGGCAUGGCACGGCAGGGGUUGUGAGAACCCUCCUUUCGUUGUCUCUGGCGGUACCAUUUUCCCUCCUUAGUCUACUACUAGUACACCCACCCUCCUGUCGAGCAGUAAGUACGGAGUACAUAGUACAGAAUACAAGCCAGCCGGUGACGCAACCCUUGCUCGCCUUCUGCCGCGCCCCGUUUUCUGGUAGACGACCUAAACCACAUUGUACAUGCACUCAGGAUGACCGGGUUUGAUCUGCUCUGUCGUCGUUUGCUUUGCCAUCAUGCCUCCACGUCGCCAACCCAUACCUGGCGUCACGUCCAGGUCGACUGACGUUCGGUGCAGGCAGGCAGGCAGGCAGGCGAACAAUAAGGGGUUGGAUUUGAUGGCCAAUGGGGGGGAGGACUCGCUGCUUCUUGCUCCUUCGCAGUGGUCCGUUCGCCGCGCCGGGCUAUAUAGGGGCGAGAGCAGACGAGCCAAACAGACGACCUCAGC